AUGGCGCAGAUGGGAAAGAGCGAGCUAGCUUCAGCCAAAAAACCCAAGGGAGCUGCAGGAAAUACAGGUUUGGUUAGUGGCAAGGCUGGGGAGAGUGGAAAAGCAACUUCUGGUUCUGGAAUGAUGGAGUUUCACAAAGUGGCAUUUUGUGAUCUGCAGGCUCUUCACAUGGUUUUAGAUAGCCCGAUUAAUAAAGCUGGGAAGUUGCGAGGUGUGUAUAUGAAGACCAAGGAUGUGCAGCUGCUACAGAAACUGAGUACAUCUGUCGUUGGUAAGCGUGAGAAACUUAUGCGUAUGAUCAAGAACCCUAUGACACAGUAUUUACCUGUUAACUCCCGGAAAUGGGAUAGAAGAACAAAUCUUGUUUACACAGAAAAGGAUAUUGAUGAAGUUCGGGCUGAACGGGCGAAACAUGUUAUGAAGUUUGCACAAGUGUAG